ACACCUACCCGCAGCCCGGCACUUGUUACUCCCGGGACCUGCUGCCAUCCCCUGAACCCACCUUACCCCCUUGGCCUCCUGUCCCUUCCUGAACUCUGCCCCUUUCAUGUGAGCACCCGGGACUGAGCUCUCACACACAGCUGCUCCGGGCUUAAGAAAUACAUUUAAAGAAAAAAAUAAUUGAACGCCGCUUUGAAGAAGGGAGCCGCGCAGCAGGGGAGCAGAGCUCGGGCCCCGGACGCCGCAGAGGUGGCGCCUCCCCGGCCAGGAACGCUGGCCCCGGGCGCAGGCAGCAUGAUGGACUCGGCGACGGCGAACGGGGACGAUAAGGACCCCGAGAUCGAACUCUUCGUGAAGGCUGGAAUUGAUGGGGAGAGCAUCGGCAACUGUCCCUUCUCUCAGCGUCUCUUUAUGAUCCUCUGGCUGAAGGGAGUCGUGUUCAAUGUCACCACUGUGGAUCUGAAAAGAAAGCCAGCUGACCUGCACAACCUAGCCCCCGGCACCCAUCCGCCCUUCCUGACCUUCAACGGGGAUGUGAAGACAGAUGUCAACAAGAUCGAGGAGUUCCUGGAGGAGACUUUGACCCCUGAAAAGUACCCCAGACUGGCUGCGAAACACCGGGAAUCUAACACAGCAGGCAUCGACAUCUUCUCCAAGUUCUCCGCUUACAUCAAAAACACAGAGCAGCAGAACAAUGCGGCCCUUGAGAGAGGCCUGACCAAGGCACUGAGGAAACUGGACAACUACCUGAGCACUCCUCUGCCAGAGGAAAUUGACGCCAGCACCCGUGGGGACGAUGACAAGGGCUCCUGGCGCAGGUUCCUGGACGGGGACGAGCUGACCCUGGCCGACUGCAAUCUGUUGCCCAAACUCCACGUGGUCAAGAUUGUAGCCAAGAAAUACCGCAACUAUGAUUUUCCAGCUGAGAUGACAGGCCUGUGGCGGUACCUCAAGAACGCCUAUGCCCGGGAUGAAUUCACCAACACCUGUGCAGCUGACAGUGAGAUUGAGUUGGCCUACGCGGACGUCGCCAAGCGCCUCCGCCGAUCCUGAGCAUGGUCAUCUUGCCCCAUCACUGCUGGAGAAAGACUCAGCUUCUCUAAAGGACUCUGCCCCCUUCGCAGACUCCUCUUCCACCCCUUUGUUUAUCGGACCACAUCUUGCUGACAUCAUCAGAACUCCAGCUGCUGUCUUUUUGGAAGGUCAGCACCAACCCCAUCUAAUCACGCAGGAAUCUGUGAGCAGAAAUGGUGCAUAUCGUCAGCCUCUCAGCCUUUGGGCCUGAUCUGGGCUCAGUGUAUUUGGGGUCAGUUUAAGAGAACCAUAUAUGGGACUGCCACUGGCCCCUUCUUCCAAUAUCAAAAUAUCUCCUCAAAUGCAUUGGAAACAUGCAACACUGUGCCCUCCUCCACCCUCCUCUUUGGCAGUAACUCCAAGACCAAGAACAAAUGCCAUUUCAGUUCCUUUUGGAAAGAGACCCUGCCAUUAUGGGAGAUGAGUGGGUGAGAAGGAUGGAGCCGGCUGUGCGUUUGAGCAUCUGGCAGACACACCUCAGUCACUCAAGCUUUCUGACUCUCCUGUCACAUGGCCUUGAAGGCCAGGUUGAAAGCCAUCUGGGACACAGUUUGCUGCAGUGCUGGGAAGCCUGCAAUGCUCUCAGGCACCUGGCUGACACUGACCUCCGUUUUAUGCGGUCCGGGCCAUGCCAGAAAGGACAUGGGUGUGCAGUUUCAAACUCGGGUGACUGGGAAGGAAAGGGGAGGGGGCAGUGUUUAUCUAUGCGUGCCAAUGCCAAAAGGCCCCAGGGGAUGCCCAGCGUGGGGUUGGCUUGCUUAGGAGUAGUGGUUUCAUUGGCUGGGUUUGUGUUUAUGCACGGGUGAAUUUUGGUCUGUGAGAAGGCAGAUGGGACUGGGAGGCGGAAGGAUGGGGGAAGAUUAGUUCUUGAUGAGGCUUGCUGUUACCUGGGAAUCUUUCAGACAGGUCUUCUCUCCCAUGUAAGUCUUGAACUGGACAUGUCACAUACCUACCAACCUUAUAUCCAAAAAAAUGAAUUGGCCAGAAAUGACUUUCCAGCCAUUUUACGUUUUCCUAGAUGUAGGUCUGCUAGCUUGGCCAUCCAGCUGUGGUCACAGGUGGGUGAGGGGUACACUUAGGAGGUGGCAUGAUCAUGGAAGACCUUAGGAAGGAAGUCCAUGGGCCUUUCUGAAGGGGUGACCAUGUGUUUUGAACUUGAAGAAAAAUACAUGCCCUUCUGGGUUAAUUUUCCGAAUAUCUGACUCAACUGCGAGAUGACACAAAGGGAAAUGUUUGUAGUUACUAUUUCACUCCUGAAAGGGUUACCUCCUUAACAACUUACCUGGCUUGGGCAUGGGGACCUGUGCAGAGGAAACUAAGAAAAAUGAACUAAGCAUUAGCUCCCUGUCCCAAUGAAUGCCCUGUGAGGAAACCCACCCACCACAGACCUUCACCUCCAGCAGUCCCCCCUUCUCUGGUGCCUGUGGGUAGAGGGUGGGGCUCCCAAGUGCGGGAAACCCCAGGACUUGGCUCAUUGCUCAGGGAGGGUAGCUGGCACAGGCCCCUUUCCAUAGGAACAGCCACAAACUCUAACCCCAGCAAUCCCUGGACCUACCUGCCUCCAGGGACAGCUGAGGAAAAGACUGACCCAUUGAUCAGAGCGGAGGGGAGGAAGCAGGUGCUCCGCUGACCCACUGAGGAAGAGGAAAACUCUCAGCAGGACAAUUUAUAAGGUGGAGGGCUUUGCAAAGGUGGAGGAGUUUGUUUAUUUUCACCUCUGGAGGAACCUUUUCAAGGAUUCCCUGGAAACUUAGUCCCUGGCCAUGUUUAAAAGGGAGGACUGGCGAGGAAACGGUCUGUUUUCCUGUAGGGAAAAGCCCCAUAUUGGCCUCCUGGGAGUCGAAAGCAUGAAUGAUCCCACAGGCCUUUUAGUUAGUGUGAAAUCCUGUUGUCCUCGGGAAUUCUUCUCCUGAAUUCGGCAGCACAGCGUGCGGGGCGGUGACCUAAGAGGCCGUCCACUUUCUGCAGACCCGCAGUGGCGCUGUUGAAACACAGCCGAGGAGCACAGCCCGUGCGGCGGAGGCCCAGGUGGAGCAGCGCCCCCAGAGGAGCUGUCGGGUACUGAAGACUCUGUUUUCAUCCUCAGAAUUCAGCAAUUGGCCAGACUUGAAAAACAGUCUUUAAAAACAAACAAGCCAAACCAAAUCAAUAUUGUUGUUUCUACAUGUCCCUUCUGCAGUUGACUUAGUUUUAUAUAAAUAGUAAUAUUAAGACACAGGGGAGGGGGGCAGUUAUACGAUCAAUUGCAAUCAUUUGAAAGAAGGGGAGGAGUUAUGGAUGGCAGGCACUUGUGGAUACUUUAUUCAAGAAUAUCUAUUUAUUUCAAAAGAAGAUUAUCAUAUAAGAAACUGACUAUUGGCUCAGAGCUUUAAUGUCUUCUGACCAGAUUUAUCAGAGUAUUUUUAAAUGACAAUAAUAUUACCUUCUGAUUAGGUUUUUCAAUGGAGAUUUUUUUUCCAGCUCCUUCUGCCUCCCGGUGUUUUGGCCAUAACCUUGUCAUGUACACAGCAAAUCAUCUCCCAGCAACAAUGUGGUGAGGCCCUUAAGCAUCCACAGAACCAACUCAGAAAAGAUAGAAGGUUUGCAGUUUGCACUCUAGAUUUUAAGAGAGGAGGUGACCCUUGUCAUUGGUCUUGAAUGAAUACUGAUCACUCUGAAAGAAUUUCAGUGGCACUGAAAGGAGAUUAUUUGGGUUGAGAUCAUAUUUUAUUCUGGAUUAACUUCUCUCCUUUGACUUCCAUGUCACUAUUUUUUUAUGGUGUACACAGGGACAGGGAGAGGGAGAAAGAAGACUCAAACUGAGAAUGACUUCCUUGAAUUUACCCGUCUACUCAGCCCUCCCCACCUCUCUGGUUGGCUCAGAGAGGGAUGAGAAAAGAUUUUCGUAACUAUGAAAGAUGAGCUGGAUAAGUCAAAUGCUGAUUGUUCCAGAGCAUAGCUGCUUCUGUGGUGUUCCUUCCCCUCCUGACAGAGGAAGUCCAAUGCCUGGCAAUUCAAAAUCGCAGGCACGAGUCUGACUAUCUUGAUUUAAAGGAGGGAUGUAGCUGCCUGGCACCAAACUAAUGAGGGGAAAAGUGAAAAAUACGUACAUUCAAUUGAUUCAUUUGGUCACAUGAUCUCAGAGCUGUUUCAGCUCCCCAGGAAAUACCACUGUCCUGAGUGUUCACUUCUGCUGGUGGGGCCAGCAAGGGUCUUGAUCUUUUCUUUAGAAAAAGGCUAUGCCAAGAGUAAGAUUUCCUGGGUGGCACUGUCUAGCAUUUGUCAAAUGAAACAAAAGAAGCUCUUCGCAACAUCUGUGCCAGCCAGAGCCUCUGCAGACAGACAACACCAAGCAUCUUAGAGUUGUUUCAAAAUGGAUCAUACGUGGAAUAGGCCCCGAAGGUCUAAGUCCUAAGAGGAGCUAAGGCCUGGGCAGUAGAAUUAAAAGGGAAGCACAGUCAGGAAGGUGCAGGUUCGUCUAGUAAGAGUUUUCUAUUAUGAGAAACCAAUGAGAGUCUGUAUCUAAAAUCAAGCUGGUCUGGAGGCAGCAGAUAUGCAGUAGGUAUGUCUGCUCUCACCCCUAGUCUUGCUGGCCAGGAGCCGUUUAAACAGCAGAGCGAAUCAAGAUGCUGGUGUCUCCCUCUUUGGAAAGAUAAAGCAUUAACUCAUGGUUACAAUUAAAUUCAAUGAUUCCCAAGGGAUCACUUCAUAUUUUUUUUAGAUGUCAUUAAAAAGAAUCUUAAGAAUUAGGAAAAGUGUGUAUGUGAAGCAUCCUGGUUCUGAUGUUAGAACAGAUGUGGUCACAUCAUUGGCCUUGAGGCCCUUUUCUGCACACAAGGCCUGUUGUUUUCCAGUCAAUGCCCUUUAGCACUCCUCAUGAAUGCAUGCUCCCCUCCCUCUGCCAAUAUUCUUCUCCCACUUUAGUGUCAGGAUACUUUCAUUUCAUUAUUAGGUAUGAUCCAAAGCAUGCAGUUUUAUUUUACGUUGCUUAAGGAACUAGCUCCAAUGCUCCCUUCCUCAACAAAAAAUAAACGAUUAUCUCCAUAUAGGGUUUGGGUGAAUCUGUGUUUCUAUAAAAGCAAUUUGAUUUUUUUUGGCAAAACAUAGUUUUAAGGAUCCAAUUAUCUAAGGUAUUUUAUUUAUAGUUAGAGAUCUUGCAAUAUUGAUAUUAUGCAUAUAUUUAAAAUACAACCUAUCCAGCUGAUGUUGGAAUUUGUCUUACUUUCCUGCCUACCUGCUUGUCCCAUUUUAUAAGCUGGGAACUAAGUAAGUUGGCAAAAGAUGCCUAGCUUUUAUAAAAGAACAAACAUUUUAUUUUAUUUUACAAAGACACUCCAAAUAAUGGUUACUUGAUUUUCUCAAGACCUUUAACUGUGGUGAUAAAAUAACAGGACUUGCUUUUAAGCCUUAAUACAAAUUGCCUUUUAAUGAAGAUACUGCUGAAUGUUUUCCUCAUGAAUCUGAACCAGAUAGAUAUUUGUUUCCCAGUCUUGAUUGAUAUUGACUGAUUCAAAUAAAGUUGGUUCAUUUUCAAAUAUUACAAAAGCGAUCAUUAGACUUCUCAUUUGAGGUGGGGAUUGCCUAUACUGUUUUACAUGACAAAUGUGAAAUAUCUCUUUUUCUCCAAAUAAAGCUUAUUCUGUUUUCCCAUUA